AUGCCGCGCCGCGGGCGCAGAGGAAGAGGCGGGGUGGCCGCGGGUUCUGCUUCCGGGCCGGCAUUUCCCCUGCGUGCUAGGCGGGAAAUGGCGACCCCGCCGCGGCCGCCGCUCAGCCCGGGCCCUGCCGGGCGGGACGCGCGGGUGCGGUGUUGCCGGCGGCGCGGCCUGGCCGAGGCGAUGGAGCUCUGCGCGCCCUUCCUGCGGGCCCUGGAGCAGGGGCAGCCGGGCGGGACCGUCACCGCGGGGGACGCGCUCUGGAACUUCAAAACAGCGGUGCAGGAGAAUGUCACCAUCAAUGGGCAGCCCUGGGAUGAGGCUCAAGAUGACUCCAAACCCGAGAGUGGUUCAGACAUUAAAGUUCUUGAAGAUGAAUUUGAUAAAGUAAUAGUAGUGACAACAACAAAGCGUAAGCAGUGGCCUAGAAAGAUACUGAUUCAUGCUAUCCAAGCCAUGAAGGCAGAGCAAGAGUUGUUGAUGCUCUACCAGCCUGUGGUACCACCAGAGGAGAUAAGAUCACCACCUUCUCAAGAUGCUUACAUCGCAGAUCUGAAGCAGGUGAUGGAAAUGGCAUCCAAACACAUCAGAGAAGCAAUGACGACUCUCCCAGGACUAAUAGAAAGAGCAGAAGGUUUUUCCCAAGCGUUAACUUGGCAACCAACCUUGGAACUCUGCAGGGUGCAGCAAGGAGUCUUUGCUUGCAAAGAAAAGAAGGAAACCGAUGUCCAAAAUCUCUUCUCGCCAGGAGAGGUCACACCAACAGACACUGGUACCAAUAAAAAUGUUUUGCUUAAAAGAAGAAAAGCUGUAGGUUCACCAGAAAGAAGACGCUACCCACUUCGACGGAGGAAGAUUGCUCUCAGCACCUGAACUUCUCUUGUGCUAUUUUCAGCUUGGAAUCUCAGUUGUGCUCUUGUUCAGUGUGCUCAGGCUUUCUCUUAAAACUUCGUCUCCCCUCUAAUGCGGUGCUGUACGUGGGAGCUUCCUCAGUUAUUUAGCCUUUGAUCCUUCUGAAUAUUUCUAUUUUUACUGUCACACUGGGGUUAUAUGAAAGCCUGCACAUACCAGUAGCAUCCGAUACCCAGCAAAUGGAUUUGCUGGUGAACUCUCUUUGUUUUGCUCUUUUAUUCCAGCAUUUAGCUUGAGUCCUCAUGCUGAGCACAUGCUUUAUGUAUGUGGGCACUCUUUUGGUAAACCACUAAGCGCUCAUUUACAUUAAGCAUGUCUCUAAAGGGGUUGGAGACUGUCUAGCUGUCCUAAUGCACUUUCAUUUAGUACUAAGUCAGGUAGCUAUUUUUUAAAUAAGUAAAUUAAAAAGAAAUUCACUGGAGCAUAUUGAAAACACCAGUUUUGAUACGAUGUCACAGGUUUUAGAGAAUCCACACACAAAUGGGACAUUGGUCCCUCCUAUUCCACCUUUCCUGAACUCAGGUCAGCUGGGCUUAUUUGUAGUCAUAUUUGGUUAAACUUGGGGUUUUAGCAGUUGUACAUACUUACUUGUAGUGUACUCUUCUGAAGAGGGAUUCAACCAUCCACAUCUUCCCGUCAGCUAUUUCGCUUCAUGUAAGCCAAGUACGCAGCUGGGGGUUUCCUGGACAAUAGGUCUACGCAUUACAGGAUCUUGACUUGGGUCACGUAUGCGUUUAGGGUGUUUGACUAAACUGUAAAGAUCAGUAUAGACUACCAGUAAGUGGUACUAAGUUGAGCUAGCUUGAUUUAUUUCUUUACACAUUAGAUUGCACAGUAGCACUAAAUUGAGCCUUGUGCCUUAACCAAUCAUAACUUGUCUGGUUUAUGGUUGCAUGUGCUUGUAGUAAGUACUUGUGUCUAAUACAGAAUGUAUGUCUUGCACAGUAAAUGGAGAGGGCUUUCAGAAGCUUUAUUAAUGAAAUGUACUGUGGGUAGAAGAUAGGUCCAUCUUCAUGUCUAAGAGGCUGGAAAUGUUCAGAAAGCACAUGACAGAUUUUAGCAUCAUUUCUUUUGUAAAGGUAAGUACCUAUAUGAGACUUUGUAUAUUUAAUCAUCUGUAAAUACUUGCUUCCCAUUGCUCAUGUAUAUUCCAAUGUGUGUUUUUAUACUAAGUAAAUUAAAUCAAUUAAG